AUGGGGUAUAAGUAUGUCAAGGACUUGUGCAAACCUGAAGUUUCACAAUUGGACGUGAAUAGGAUUUCACACACGUGAUCACGUCAUGUGACCGUUGACAACCAAAUACACUCCAACAUGAAAACCAAGUUUGUCCGAGCCAUCCCGACGUCGACAAUUCAUUCGUUCUCGCCAUGCACGCGUCACUUAUUCGUCGUCAGUUGGGGGGUAUCGUUCCUCCCAAGAUUGCUACUCCGUCACUUUUGACGUCGGGCUCUGGUUCAAGCCUCACGCCUCUUGUCAACUUCUACUCAAAACUGCCCAAGGGUCCAGCAUCCGCGGUUUCUGGUGGCGGAAUUAAAGCUAGAUACUUCAACGGCAAGAACGCAUCCGCUGCCCCACUCGUUUGGACGAUUUUGGGUCUCUUCACAUUCGGAUACACCAUCGACUACCAGAGUGAGUAAUCUAUUCUUACACGUGUAUUCAAAUUUUGAUGCAUGGCAUUUCAGUGCACUUGAGUAAGUCACUGUUGUUCACCUCAAUAUAUUCUUCGUUAAGCGUGUAUCAGAACAUCACAAGAACCACCCGCACUAAUCGUGAUCGCGGAAGUAAGGAGAUGUUGCCACAGAACUUGCUGUAUGCACGAGAAAUAGACUAUCAUUUUCCCCAAAUGUGCAUAGAAAAAAAGUAAAUCUUGUGUGGACUUGACCAUAUUUAGCGCCCUGGUGUUGUGAAAGCUACCGCCGCGAC